CAGCUGCAACCUGCAAGCAUGUUGAUCUCCUCUUCCUCUCUAAUGCCUUUAUUGAUUUAUUUACUAUUUGUUAACUCAUUGUUGACUGUGUUGUCUACUUCCUGUGUUGACAGGAAACAACUCUCAGGAAAGCAGUAUCGCGGAAAAGGAGGAUCUUCCUGUUCCUCAGAACGUCAAGAUCACCAAUAUCACCUCUGACUCCUUCAAGAUCAACUGGGACACGGACUGUAGAGCAAAGGACCACAUCACUAACUACUUCCUAGACCUCAACAAGAAGGAGCACAACAACUCCAACAAGUUCAAACACAAGGAUGUCCCCACUAAGCUGGUGGCGAAGGCGGUGCCACUGCCCAUGACAGUGAGAGGCCACUGGUUCCUGAGCCCCAGGACAGAUUACACUGUAGCUGUCCAGACCGCCUCCAAGCAGAGUGACGGGAACUAUGCUGUCUCUGAAUGGAGUGAGAUCAUUGAAUUCUACACUGCAGACUACUCUGCUGUGCAUCUGGCACAGUUGCUGGAGAAGGCUGAGGGGGUAGCUGGCAGGAUGUUGAGCUUCUCAGUGUUUUAUCGGAACCAGCAGGAGGACUACUUCAAUAAAACGAGAGAGACACAGGACAACCGGAUGCUCCCGGCUGUAAAGGACAACAGUGGCAGCCACGGCUCUCCCAUCAGUGGCAAGCUGGAAGGCAUCUACUUCAGCUGCAACACGGAGUUCAACACAGGCAAGCCCCCGCAGGACUCCCCCUACGGACGCUACCGCUUCGAGAUCCAGGCCGAGGCCCUGUUCAACACCAAGACCAACCUGUACUUCGGGGACUUCUACUGCAUGUACACAGCUUACCAUUACGUGAUUCUGGUGCUGGCCCCAGAGGGCUAUCCAGGGGACCUAUUCUGUAAGGGCCGCCUCCCGGCGCUGGACAUUUCAGACAACCGCUUCCUGACAUGCACCCAGGAGGAGGAGGAGGGGCGGCUGGUGUUCCACCACGCCCAGGAUGUGAUUCUGGAGGUGGACCUGGCCCUAGGCAGCGUGGAGGAGAUCCAAGGACACCAGCUCAGUAGCAUGUCUACCAUCAAUGCUAAGAAGGACCCCAGUUGCAAGACCUGCAACAUUAGCGUGGGACGCUAACCGGCUAACUGUGGGGGAGGGAGGGGGUGUUACUACGGGGUCCCUGCAGUUCUACGGAUAAUAAUACUUCUCUACCCCUAUUGGCUGUGGUGAUUCUCUAACCCUAUUGGCUGUGGUGAUUCUCUACCCCUAUUGGCUGUGGUGAUUCUCUAACCCUAUUGGCUGUGGUGAUUCUCUACCCCUAUUGGCUGUGGUGAUUCUCUACCCCUAUUGGCUGUGGUGAUUCUCUAACCCUACUGGCUGUGGUGAUUCUCUAACCCUACUGGCUGUGGUGAUUCUCUACCCCUACUGGCUGUGGUGAUUCUCUAAUCCUAUUUGCUGUGGUGAUUCUCUAAUCCUACUGGCUGUGGUGAUUCUCUAAUCCUACUGGCUGUGGUGAUUCUCUAACCCUACUGGCUGUGGUGAUUUUCUAACCCUACUGGCUGUGGUGAUUCUGCAACCAUAUUGGCUGUGGUGAUUCUCUAACCCUACUGGCUGUGGUGAUUCUCUAAUCCUAUUGGCUGUGGUGAUUCUAACAGACAUCAGUCAUAUUAUACAGGUGCAAUGUAAUGAUAUGCCAAAGGUAACAACACCUUGACCAAGCUGCUAGAAACAAGCUGUGGUAACAGCUUCAACAAGGCAUAAUGAAUUAGUAUUAUGUAACAUUGUCUUGUAAUGGAAUGUGAUGAUUUCUAGAUCAUUCUAAUGUUAUCUUGAAAUGGAAUGUGAUGAUUACUGGAUCAUUCUAAUGUUAUCUUGUAAUGGAAUGUGAUUACUGGAUCAUUCUAAUGUUAUCUUGAAAUGGAAUGUGAUUACUGGAUCAUUCUAAUGUUAUUGUCACAUUCUGACCAGUAAAGGGGUUAUUUGUUAUUGUAGUUUGGUCAGGACGUGGCAGGGGGUAUUUAUUUUAUGUGGUUCGGGGUGUGUGUUUAUGUAGAGGGGUGUUUGGUUAGUGUUUUCCGGGGUUUUUGGGCUAUGUUCUAUGUUAGUAUAUUUCUAUGUUCUAGUCGUUUUAGUUCUAUGUUUAGUUUAUUGAUUUGGCCUUCAAUUGGAGGCAGCUGCUCCACGUUGCCUCUGAUUGAAGGUCCUAUAUAGAGGGGUGUGUUUCGUUUGGGUUUUGUGGGAAGUUGUGAUUGCAUAAAAGGGGUUUAGCCUGUAAUCCUGUUCGUUCGUACGUUUUCUUGUUUUGUUUUCUUAAGUGUUCAAAAUAAAUAUUUUAUGAGCACUCAACCUGCUGCGCUUUGGUCCAUUUACUACGACGACCGUUACAGUUAUCUUGUAAUGGAAUGUGAUUACUGGAUCAUUCUAAUGUUAUCUUGUAAUGGAAUGUGAUUACUGGAUCAUUCUAAUGUUAUCUUGUAAUGGAAUGUGAUGAUUACUGGAUCAUUCUAAUGUUAUCUUGUAAUGGAAUGUGAUUACUGGAUCAUUCUAAUGUUAUCUUGUAAUGGAAUGUGAUGAUUACUGGAUCAUUCUAAUGGUAUCUUGUAAUGGAAUGUGAUGAUUACUGGAUCAUUCUAAUGGUAUCUUGUAAUGGAAUGUGAUUAAUGUUAUCUUGUAAUGGAAUGUGAUGAUUACUGGAUCAUUCUGUUAUCUUGUAAUGGAAUGUGAUUACUGGAUCAUUCUAAUGUUAUCUUGUAAUGGAAUGUGAUUACUGGAUCAUUCUAAUGUUAUCUUGAAAUGGAAUGUGAUUUCUGGAUGAUUCUACGGCAGGGAUUCAUUCCGAUCGCGGGUUAUAGGUAUUGCGGUUUUUAAAGACAAGUUCCUAUGGAGCUGAUAUAUGCAGCGUUUCCAGUGAAUGGGAUCUCCACGAAUGAAGGAACAAUGCCUUUAAACCCGCGCUGGGAUUGAAUCCCAGCCUGAAGCAUGGCAGGUUGCAGCAUUACACUGAUGUCAGUCUGAUGUCUGAUGGGUUCUGUGUUAUAUGUAUUACCAUCAUUAACAGAAACCACAUUAUCCUGUGUUCAACAUAAUAAACAUCACAAAACGAACAUAGAAAAAUAUUUAUUUUUACUGUAUAAAAAAUAAGUGAACCAGACUGAAAUCACAGCCAAGGGAUAGCUUUAGAAACAUUCUAAACUAAAUAACUGGUAAGUCAGUAAAUGCUAAAUGAGCGUGCGGUAAAGCUAACAUUCAAACUGGUAAGUCAGUAAAUGCUAAAUGAGCGUGCGGUAAAG